CAAUUGUCAUCGAAGAAGAGAUAUUAGAAACUGUAAAUGGUGGACCCUGAAGGAAUUUUGUUACGAGCUCUGCGCAAAAAGAAGAAUUUCCCUUCGAAUGCUAGAUAACAACAACCGGUGCGCGGAAAGUGUAGAAUAAAGGGCACGGAAUCAAUUAUUUCCAGAUUAUCAGUGCUGAGGGACAACAACUGCAACGCCAGUUUUCGAAGAAAUCUAUAUGGUUACAAAACAACUCCUGUUAUUUGAUAUAUUUGUGGCGAAUCCUUUAAAUUUUAUUGUUAGCCGUGUUGGAGAAGGAUAGUAAUCAUAUCCCAGUUGUAUCGAAAGAAUAAAAACUGAAUUAGAGCACAGGCACUUAUGCAGAUCUUUUAAUAGAUUUAAUCAUGCCAUCUACUGUCGGAGACUGGGUUGAGUGACGAAACAAGUGGUAGAGCACGGUACGAACGCAGAACAAGAUCAAAAUAAGAGAAACGAAGCUGAUAACGUAAAUAUUCUACAAACGACAAUCUCCCCACGAUGGCAUCUGUAUAUGAACAGAACGAUGUCGUUAAGCUUUGGAACGAUAUAAUGAAUGUACACUGGAAAUUCCUCGAUGCAGAGGAAACAAUGGAGAAAAUAGAAUUGAGGAGGCAGUUGGAAGAUCUGAUUGUCCAGUUCUUAUGUAACGUACCACAUGAUCGGAAGUUUUUUCUUCCCCCAACUGAGCAGGUACUCAAAAGUUCCAUCGCUUCGUUAGAAGAUUUCUCUGCAUACAAAGCGUCAAUUGGAUUUGAAGCGAUUAGUCAGUACGCGAAUAAUUUGUUUACUAAACCAUGGCGAAAGGAGUAUAAGAUAAUUAAGAUGUACUCGGGAUUUUACCAGCAUGAGAUUGCAGCCAAUUUAAUUGGCGCGCAAGUGUUAUUCGAGCAGAUGGGUUAUCGGAUGUUGCCAAAUCAAACCCUAGUUCUGGAUGGGCCUAUCUGCCCUGAUCGAGUUACCAAUGUUUCAAAAGAUGCCAUCACAGCGAACGUAGAAUGCCAGAUAAUGAAGGACAUAUAUCGUGAACUAACUGAAAUGACGUUAGCUGUUGAUUGGAGCGAUAUAUAUAGUUUCAGAGAAUGCAACACAAUGGAUGUGAGGCAAUCUGUGCAACAAAUGGCUGAAUUGAUCAAGGAGAAGCACCACAAAAAUCAACAAGCUCGACGAAAAGAAGCAUAUGACAAUCAGCUAGCGCCAGCCGAUAGUUCCUGCAAUUCUUGCAAACCGUAUCAGUUUCAUCCGCAUAUGCAGCAACAGCAAUCGGUUCCUCCCCUUCCUCCUUUGACUGCACAUCAGCAACAACAACCUCUGAUACCCUUCUGUGGCCCCCAACCCAUGUACAAUACCGCCCCUUGCAACAUUCACAACCAACAUCUUGGUCUUACCUAUGGUUACCAUAAUCACAAUAGUUACCAAAGCUACCUGCCAGCACCUCCUCCAUCUCAUGCUCAUCCCUCGAGUCAAUCCUCCAUGAUUCCUCCACAUCCACCCUCUCCCCUAGCGGCUAUACCCCAUUCGAAAUCCCUAGACCACUAUAUGGACCCUGCGACCGCCAUGUAUAAUUUGACCGCUUGCAUGCAACGGCAUUCCAUUGACCAAGCCUUUGAUUAUGCCGCAGUUGCAUCAGCGUCCCACUACGGUGGACCAAUGGGAAUGGCACCUCCGACAGGAGCGUACGAUGUCGUCGAUGGGUACAAUCUAGCAUACAACAAUCAUCCCUACAACGUAUCCGGCAACCGGUUCCCUCUUCCAUACAACUUAUCAACAAAUGUAGGACCCUGCAUGAAUGGAACUUCUGGGAAGCAGAGUGUAAACGACCCAUACUAUCAUCAACCCAGUAUUAAUGGAUAUCAGCAUAUACCACCAUAUUACCUUCAUCGAAGCACAAGCAACGGUCCUUUGUAUGGUCCGCAAGGACCGAUGCAUAGGCAUGCGAAUGAUAUUUACAUGAACCAUCAUUUCGAUCACGCUGGAGCUCACACUAAUCCUUCGAUUCCAGACAAGAAGAAAACUUCCUAUGAUGAAUACGAUGUUCCUUCGACUAGACAUGGUGGAGAAACUAAGCACACCAAUAAUGACCUGGUCUAUAAAGAUGCGAGGGAAGAAGCUAAAAAAGAACGGAAGAAACCCGAACGAAGUGUUCGGAACACUGAACUACUAGUGGACUACGAGUGUGAUAUGCUACCGGAGUCACUAGUGGAGCGACAACAGCAACUAAACCGUUAUCACUACUUGCAACACCAGACUUCUAGAAAUUCUCGGCAAUCGGAUUUUGACAGCUACGAGGACGAACAGCUACAAGCGGGGGCCUAUCAGCGCGCAAAUAACGUGAACAAGCGCAUAUCAAGCAAAAAUCAAGACGGGAUAGGUUCGUACGAGUCUUGGAAUUAUGUAUUCCAAAAUCUAGAAAAACAGGGAUACAACAAGGAUUUGGGCGAACGAGGCAAUUUCCUGGUAGACAAUGAGGAAGAGGAGUAUCCCGCAGGUGAUAAUAGUCGGGGUUCUACGAUCAAACGAAACAGUAAUGAUAAACUUAAAGCAAUGAGGGCUAAAUCUGCGGAUAAGGUCGAUGGAAUACACACACCAACAGUAAGGCAGGGUCUUUCUAAUGGAACCCGAAAGGAUCGAGAUUUUGACCGCAACGAAGCUAUUGCAAGAGUUGGCCAGAAACCUACUCUAGUACAAAAAGUAACAAAACCUAGCAGCAAUAAUCAGACAGACAAUAGCCAGAAGGCAAAUCACGCAACUUAUCCAGCCAGCAGCGGCAGUGUCACCAUUAAAGACGGAUCGAGCAGUAGAAGGAACUCCCUUACCCGGAAAAAUCCAAGCUCUACUAAGGAGAACGAUUCUUCCAAUAAUAAUGCAAACGGCAGUAAUACAACUGGAGGAGGAAUUCUAGUGAAUCACAAUGGAUCGAACCAUUUGACGUCGUCUUCUUCCGGCAAGAAGAAAACAGCCAGCUUUGACACCGCGGCGGCCACUAUCAUCAACCCACAGGAUGAUUACGACACGAAACGUUGUACGAGCAAUGGCGAAUCGAAUGUCAGCGAAUGGAAUUGUGAAUUUUGUACAUUUUUGAACCCUGACACCGAGCGGAUCUGUGAGAUGUGCGCAAAGAGUCGUGAUUUCAACCUGAAAUGUGGAGCAGCAACGAGCGCGAGCAAUGGAACAGCUACAUGUGUCUAAGACAACGUUAUUGUGAUCAGAUGUGAAGAUUUACAAACACCGAGAAGAACACAUGGUUAUGGUUAUCAUUAGAACAAAAAUUCAAGAGGCCACCUUGCAGUAACUAGUCAGAGAUAAAGGAAAUAUAUGAAACUUAUUAAAAAUUGUUAUACAUUACACUAUUUUUAGACUACUUAAGACAGAAAAUCUUAUGUCUAACAUUUGUAGCAAUUUCUGAACUAAUAAGUAUAAGCUCAUGUUUCACAUAUAAGAAUUUUAAUAAAAUAACUUUUCUUUGUUUGCUGUUGACAAA